CUAAUAAACCAACAGUUGGAUGUCCGUGUGGCAGGCCAGGCGAGUUCAACAUGAGCAAUCAUGAAUCAUCACAGACACAAGCUUGCUAACGUUAGUCCUUAUUCAUUCUUCUAUUAGCUGACAUCCAUUCAUGAAAAGUUCAGUUAGUUGCAUGUUCUGCCUGAUUCAGAUAUAUCCAUCAUCAUAACUCUUCUCUCUCAGCUGAAUUAAUUGAUAGCCAGCAAGAUAACAAGCAAUAAUAUAACGUUAGCUAGCGGUGUCAAGUGGCAAGCUACAUUUUUCACUUUUUGUGAAAGAUGGCUGAUGCAGAUUUCGGGUUCGCGUCUGACAACGGAGUGCUGCCUGUCGAGGUGGACCCAGCAGCAGCUUUCUUAGCCCAGCAAGAAAGCGAAAUAGCGGUGAUAGAGAAUAACGACGAAGGUUUCGGUGCUUUGGACGGAUCCGUUGAGCUUCUCCAGCAACCGCCGGUAACCGAUUCACCUGCUGCUGUAGAAUACGGUAAGUUGCUAGCUAUGCUAAGUUAGCAUGUUAGCUAAACUAACUCCCAAGCUAAAAGUACAUAAAUGAAGACAACAAAAGUCACUUGUAUUAGUACCAUAGCUAGGUAGUUAAUUCUUACCAGACAACUAGCUAGUUAGCUAGCUAAGUUAGCCUGGCUUUUAGUUAGUUAGCUAGCUAGCUAACUAGUUAGUUAAUUGACAGCUGUCAAUGUAAACAGUAACGUUAGUUGGAGCAGCACAACGCAGCCUGAGUUGAACGAUGAUGAUAUACUUGUUUGAAUGUGAUUGUGAAACGUGUUGAAACUAUCCUCAGGCCAAAUAAGGUUAGCCAAUAUGGUGGUGGUGAGAAACUAGUUUACCUUACUGCCCAAACAGGUGUUCCUGCAUUCUUGUCACCAUCUAUCCACCCCUCGAAAGCAAAUGAUGACACUAGGUUCACAUAAUGCAAAGCAUGUCAGAUGAGGUUUAUUUAAAGCCGUUUCUGUGUUGUUUCAUCUGCCAGAUGCCGGGUUUGCAGAAGCAUCAGCAGCCACUGUAAACGGAGACAUGUUUGAGCUGGUAAGAGAAGAACACAUUUAUAUACAAAUGUUCUUGGACAUGUUUUAUUGCAGGUUAGUUUUGUAAGUGAGGCGGCAGCUAACUAAGUGAGUCUGUACCUGUAGCAGAUGAGGACACACCUGAAAUAGGUACCUCUUUCUCAAUGGUAAGUGAAUUGUUAACAAGUAAAUGGUUGUUAAAGGAAGCAUGACAAGAGGAACUUGCUUGGAUAAUGUUAGCUACUGCCCCUAAAAACAAUUGAUAUUUUAGAGAACAGCCUAUGUGGCAGCGAUAUUAGUUUGAAAAAUGUAUUAUACUGUCAAUAUUGACUACAAAGUGUAAAUAGGAUCAUUCUGGUCAUAAAGUUAGUCUCUUCCAAAACAGAGUUUUGUACCAGAGUAUGUCACUACGUAAAUGAAGGUUGGGUUUGUUUAAUUCCUGCCCAUAGCUGGCAGCCCACAAGUAAUCAUCUUUUCGGAGUGCAGCUGCAAGGCUUCCUCAUCAUAAUGCCCAUUGACUUUGAAAAUCCCAACGGGGCUAGUUAGGGACCAUCAGUAAAUUACACAAGCCUACAUGGGACAAUAUAUUAAAUUCCAAUACCUCCAGAUUUCAAUGACUUAAUAACCUCAAACCAACUAUACAUUGUAUAAAUUAAUAUACAGAUGUUGAAAGCAUUUAAUGAGAAAUGAAAGGUGUGUAACAUGAAAAUAUUGUCUCAUUUACACUGUGUAAUUUAUUGACGGUCCCUAACCUAGCCCCAGAGAUGGGCUAUUCAAAGUCAAACCAACUUUGCUACAGUUGUACACCAGCUGGCUGAAGCUACAGUGGGGGAAAAAAGUAUUUAGUCAGCCACCAAUUGUGCAAGUUCUCCAACUUAAAAAGAUGAGAGAGGCCUGUAAUUUUCAUCAUAGGUACACGUCAACUAUGACAGACAAAAUGAGAAAAUAAAAUCCAGAAAAUCACAUUGUAGGGUUUUUUAUGAAUUUAUUUGCAAAUUAUGGUGGAAAAUAAGUAUUUGGUCAAUAACAAAAGUUUCUCAAUACUUUGUUAUAUACCCUUUGUUGGCAAUGACACAGGUCAAACGUUUUCUGUAAGUCUUCACAAGGUUUUCACACACUGUUGCUGGUAUUUUGGCCCAUUCCUCCAUGCAGAUCUCCUCUAGAGCAGUGAUGUUUUGGGGCUGUCGCUGGGCAACACAGACUUUCAACUCCCUCCAAAGAUUUUCUAUGGGGUUGAGAUCUGGAGACUGGCUAGGCCACUCCAGGACCUUGAAAUGCUUCUUAAGAAGCCACUCCUUCGUUGCCCGGGCGGUGUGUUUGGGAUCAUUGUCAUGCUGAAAGACCCAGCCACGUUUCAUCUUCAAUACCUUUGCUGAUGGAAGGAGGUUUUCACUCAAAAUCUCACGAUACAUGGCCCCAUUCAUUCUUUCCUUUACACGGAUCAGUCGUCCUGGUCCCUUUGCAGAAAAACAGCCCCAAAGCAUGAUGUUUCCACCCCCAUGCUUCACAGUAGGUAUGGUGUUCUUUGGAUGCAACUCAGCAUUCUUUGUCCUCCAAACACGACGAGUUGAGUUUUUUACCAAAAAGUUCUAUUUUGGUUUCAUCUGACCAUAUGACAUUCUCCCAAUCCUCUUCUGGAUCAUCCAAAUGCACUCUAGCAAACUUCAGACGGGCCUGAACAUGUACUGGCUUAAGCAGGGGGACACGUCUGGCACUGCAGAAUUUGAGUCCCUGGUGGCGUAGUGUGUUACUGAAGGUAGGCUUUGUUACUUUGGUCCCAGCUCUCUGCAGGUCAUUCACUAGGUCCCCCCGUGUGGUUCUGGGAUUUUUGCUCACCGUUCUUGUGAUCAUUUUGACCCCACGGGGUGAGAUCUUGCGUGGAGCCCCAGAUCGAGGGAGAUUAUCAGUGGUCUUGUAUGUCUUCCAUUUCCUAAUAAUUGCUCCCACAGUUGAUUUCUUCAAACUAAGCUGCUUACCUAUUGCAGAUUCUGUCUUCCCAGCCUGGUGCAGGUCUACAAUUUUGUUUCUGGUGUCCUUUGACAGCUCUUUGGUCUAGGCCAUAGUGGAGUUUGGAGUGUGACUGUUUGAGGUUGUGGACAGGUGUCUUUUAUACUGAUAACAAGUUCAAACAGGUGCCAUUAAUACAGGUAACGAGUGGAGGACAGAGGAGCCUCUUAAAGAAGAAGUUACAGGUCUGUGAGAGCCAGAAAUCUUGCUUGUUUGUAGGUGACCAAAUACUUAUUUUCCACCAUAAUUUGCAAAGAAAUUCAUAAAAAAUCCUACAAUGUGAUUUUCUGGAGAAAAAAAAUCUCAAUUUGUCUGUCAUAGUUGACGUGUACAUAUGAUGAAAAUUACAGGCCUCUCUCAUCUUUUUAAGUGGGAGAACUUGCACAAUUGGUGGCUGACUAAAUACUUUUUUCCCCCACUGUAAUUGGCGAAAGAAUUUGGCUAACUCUUCCCACCUGCGAACACACACACACACACACACACACGAGACACCCAAAACCAACUCACUUUUGAAUUGUCAUGGCCACUGGUAUUUCUUAAUGAGCCAAAUCUAGAACGAGGCCAAAUCAGGAAGUUCAGCCGCCCUUUAAGGAUUUCCUGCAUUUGCUCCUCAGUGUUCAGCUGCUACUAUUGAAUGACCCAUGGACUGGUGGUCCUCAUGCCUUAUUAGUGCUGAGCGAUUAGUGCUUUUUGAGGUUGUUUCGGUUAGAUUAUUUUUAAAAAUUAUCACGGAUUUCGUUGUAUUUAUUUAUUUGACAUUAAAUGCAUUAUGUGGGUAACCCACAGUACCAAAACAGUAUACACCAGUUAUAAUGGACAGUCUGUUGGUGUAUGUCUAACCCACAGCACAAAGCUAGUAUACAUCAGUCAAAUACAUUAUUUGUUAAUACAAAUGUAUACACAGUUCAUAAUGGAUAGCUUUUGUUCACCCAAGCACCAAUCUUUAUCUGCUGAGUUCCCACAGCAAAAGCGUAUACAUCAGUUCAUAAUGACUAGUUGUCUGGUGUAUGUCUAACCCACAGCACAAAAGCUAGUUAACUCAGUUCAUAAUGGACUAGUCUUCUGGUGUAUGUCUACCCACAGCACCAAAAGGGUAGUAUACAUCAGUUCAUAAUGGACUAGUCGUCUGGUGUAUGUCUAACCCACAGCACCAAGCUAGUAUACAUCAGUUCAUAAUGGACUAGUCUGUCUGGGUAUGCUAACCCACAGCACCAAAGCUAGUAUACAUCAGUUCUAAUGGACUAGUCUGUCUGGUGUAGUCAACCACGCACCAAAAGCUAGUAUAAUCAGUUCAUAAUGGACGAGUCUGGUCUGGUGUAUUCUAACCAAGCACCAAAAGCUAGUAUACAUCAGUUCAUAAUGGACGAGUGUCUUUUAUGGCUGCCAUUUAUACGGCAGCCAAUUCUGAUUAUUUUCCACUAAUUGGUCUUUUGACCAAUCAGAUCAGGUCUUUCCCACUAAUUUGGUCUUUUGACCAAUCAGAUCAGGUCUUUCCCACUAAUUUGGUCUUUUGACCAAUCAGAUCAGGUCUUUCCCACUUAUUGGGCAAAAGAUCAGAAUUGGGCUGCUUGUGUAAACGCAGCCUAUGACUGGUGGUCCUUAUGUCUCAUGCCUGGUCCUGGUUCUUCUCCCCCCAGGAGUCCAACGGUCCAUCGGACAGCUAUGCGGCCAUCGCCCAGGUGGACUCUCUGAGAGCAGAGCCUGAGAGCCUGCGUAAGUGGAGGGAGGAGCAGAAGGCACGGCUGGAGCAGCUAGGUAAGUAAACAACAGAGACUGAUGUGUAGCCCAAAUGGCACCCUGUUCCCUAUAUAGUGCACUACUUUUGGCUAGAGUCCAUAGGGCUCUGGUCAAAAGUAGUGCACUAUAAAGAGAAUAGGGUGCCAUUUUGGACACACAGCUACUUCAGACUUACAGUUGAAGUCGGAAGUUUACAUACACCUUAGCCAAAUACAUUUAAACUCAGUUUCUCACAAUUCCUGACAUUUAAUCCUAGUAAAAAUUCCCUGUCUUAGGUCAGUUAGGAUCACCACUUUAUUUUAAGAAUGUGAAAUGUCAGAAUAAUAGUAGAGAGAAUUAUUUAUUUCAGCUUUUAUUUCUUUCAUCACAUUCCCAGUGGGUCAGAAGUUUACAUACACUCAAUUAGUAUUUGGUAGCAUUGCCUUUAAAUUGUUUAACUUGGGUCAAACGUUUCGGGUAGCCUUCCACAAGCUUCCCACAAUAAGUUGGGUGAAUUUUGGCCCAUUCCUCCUGACAGAGCUGGUGUAACUGAGUAAGGUUUGUAUGCCUCCUUGCUCGCACACGCUUUUUCAGUUCUGCCCACAAAUGUUCUAUAGGAUUGAGGUCAGGGCUUUGUGAUGGCCACUCCAAUACCUUGACUUUGUUGUCCUUAAGCCAUUUUGCCACAACUUUGGAAGUAUGCUUGGGGUCAUUGUCCAUUUGGAAGACCCAUUUGCGAACAAGCUUUAACUUCCUGACUGAUGUCUUGAGAUGUUGCUUCAAUAUAUCCACAUAAUUUUCCUUCCUCAUGAUGCCAUCUAUUUUGUGAAGUGCACCAGUCCCUCCUGCAGCAAAGUACCCACACAGCAUGGUGCUGCCACCCCCGUGCUUCACGGUUGGGAUAGUGUUCUUCGGCUUGCAAGCCUACCCCUUUUUCUUCCAAACAUUACGAUGGUCAUUAUGGCCAAACAGUUCUAUUUUUGUUUCAUCAGACCAGAGGACAUUUCUCAAAAAAGUACGAUCUUUGUCCCCAUGUGCAGUUGCAAACCGUAGUCUGGCUUUUUUAUGGCGGUUUUGGAGCAGUGGCUUCUUCCUUGCUGAGCGGCCUUUCAGGUUAUGUCGAUAUAGGACUCGUUUUACUGUGGAUAUAGAUACUUUUGUACCUGUUUCCUCCAGCAUCUUCACAAGGUCCUUUGCUGUUGUUCUGGGAUCGAUUUGCACUUUUCGCACCAAAGUACGUUUAUCUCUAGGAGACAGAACAAGUCUCCUUCCUGAGCGGUAUGAUGGCUGCGUGGUCCCAUGGUGUUUAUACUUGCGUACUAUUGUUUGUACAGAUGAACGUGGUACCUUCAUGCAUUUGGAAAUUGCUCCCAGGGAUGAACCAGACUUGUGGAGGUCUACAAUUAUUUUUCUGAGGUCUUGGCUGAUUUCUUUUGACUUUCCCAUGAUGUCAAGCAAAGAGGCACUGAGUUUGAAGGUAGGCCUUGAAAUACAUCCACAGGUACACCUCCAAUUGACUCAAAUGAUGUCAAUUAGCCUAUCAGAAGCUUCUAAAGCCAUGACAUAAUUUUCUGGAAUUUUCCAAGCUGUUUAAAGGCACAGUCAACUUAGUGUAUGUAAACUUCUGACCCACUGGAAUUGCGAUACAGUGAAUUAUAAGUUAAAUAAUCUGUCUGUAAACAAUUGUUGGAAAAAUUACUUGUGUCAUGCACAAAGUAGAUGUCCUAACCGACUUGCCAAAACUAUAGUUUGUUAACAAGAAAUUUGUGGAGUGGUUGAAAAACAAGUUUUAAUGACUCCAACCUAAGUGCAUGUCAACUUCCUAACUUCAACUAUACCUACUACUACUACGAUGCAUACAGUAUCUACCACUGACUUCAGUCAGUAUUUUGUCCACAUUGACGAAGGUUGACACCUAAAUGUCACAUUUCCCCCUGCCUGCUAAAAAAAAGCAAAAUAAAAGACCUGCAAAAUUUUUUUUUUUAAAAUCUAGUUGAUUAGUCUGCCACCCUUCGUUUGGGUUCCACUCAGUGUAUUGGCAUGGGCUGUAUGGAUGAGUUGGUCUUGUUCUCGCUGUAUUGACUCUAUCGUUGAUCUCUUGAGAAAAGAGCACCUCCUUCUGUAGAUCAUACAAUGCAUUGCGGACUGAAACCUUUCAUCCUGGGUAGUGUUCAUUAGUGCACACCCCGUAGCAAAAAAACGAAAACAAGCAAUUCUUAUUGGACAAAUUCAGGUAGUCCUGCCCGUUUCCGUUCCGCUUCGUUCCUACUGAAUAUGACCCUGGUAUUGUGCCCAUUCUGUUGAUUCUGUAUUGAUCAUACCAUCACCCAUCUCCCUGUGUGCAUGUGAACCCUGAAGACUCUGCGUCCAAGGCUGCGGAGGCUGAGUGGAAAGAGAGGGCCAAGCUAGAGCUGGAGGACUGGCAUGUGCACCAGAUCGAACAGAUGGAGAAGAACAAGGCCAACAACAGGUUAGUUCCUACAUAGCUCUGUUUUUAGUUCCUACAUGGUUCCCUCAAAACUAACAUAACAGGAAAUGCAAGUUCAGACGUGUGUAACUAUAUACAAAAUAAAUAAGACAAAAUAUGCAUCUAAUGAAUCUGAAUGUAUCUGUGAUAGUUCACUAUGAGAAUUAAGAGCAACGGUGUGAUCAGAAUGUGUGUUUCUGUGGUUAUUUCCUUGUUAUUCCGUGAGAUCAGAUCAGGAAAUAGGAUAUUUAAGCAUAGGCUUAAAGACUUUCUAUAGACUGUCACAGAAAGUUGACUUUAUUCAUGUACCUAAUAUAUAAUAAUAAUAAUAAUAAUAAUAAUAAUAAUAAUAAUGUGAACAGGAUUUCUUGGUAAAUGGCCUAAACUGAGUGGAAACGUGGAACUGUGAUAGCUGAGCUGCCCUCCAGGGCUCCAAUGUUUUGUUGGCCUGCUUUUUGUAUCAGAAAGAUGUUGCUCAUUUUAUUUAGGAUGGGUAAGAAAUGCAGAGAUCAGUUUGUGUCCUAUUUCUAUGUCACCACGCUGAAAUGUAAUAAAUCUGAACUGUCAUAUAAACUAAGGAAGGUGGAUGGAUCUCAACCUUAUUUCUUUGAGCUAACUAAAUGACACGUAACUUCUCAUUGCGUUUGUAUUGAUUUUCAUAAUUUAUUUAACUAUUAACUGAUGUUCAACUAACUAUUAAUUAACUAUUUGAAUGCCCUCUGUAAUCCUACACUUCAAUUACUAUCAAAAGUAUUUCUCUCCCAGUUUGCUUUUCUUUCUCUGUCGUAAACAUAUUUUAUUCCCUGGGGUCCUUUGCUUUCCUGUACUGAAACCAACCUUCUCUCAUGCUUCCCAACAGACUUUGUCUAAGUCUGGCAAGGUAACGGUUUGCAACUACAACUCUCUUUCCUGCCGUAAUGCCCCUGUGACUGUGAGCACUAACGAUGACCCCCUGGAGAGAGGCUAGCGCUGGACUGCAUCCGGGCCAACGCAGCCGGGAUAUAGAAAACCAAAACAGGCUGCAUCCCAAUUUGCACCUUGUUCACUAUAUAGUGUACUACUCCAAGGUCCCAUAGGGCUCUGGUCAAAAGUAGUGCACUAUAUAGGGAUUAGGGUGCCAUUUGGGAUGUACCCAUAUGUCAAGUAAAGAGAACUUACAUUGACUUAGAAGUGUCACAUUGCAGUGUAUCUAGCCAUUCUCCAGUCUAAACUGCUGACACAUUGCAGUGUAUCUGGCCAUUCUCCAGUCUAAACUGCUGACACAUUGCAGUGUAUCUGGCCAUUCUCCAGUCUAAACUGCUGACACAUUGCAGUGUAUCUGGCCAUUCUCCAGUCUAAACUGCUGACACAUUGCAGUGUAUCUGGCCAUUCUCCAGUCUAAACUGCUGACACAUUGCAGUGUAUCUGGCCAUUCUCCAGUCUAAACUGCUGUCACAUUGCAGUGUAUCUGGCCAUUCUCCAGUCUAAACUGCUGACACAUUGCAGUGUAUCUGGCCAUUCUCCAGUCUAAACCGCUGUCACAUUGCAGUGUAUCUGGCCAUUCUCCAGUCUAAACUGCUGACACAUUGCAGUGUAUCUGGCCAUUCUCCAGUCUAAACCGCUGUCACAUUGCAGUGUAUCUGGCCAUUCUCCAGUCUAAACUGCUGACACAUUGCAGUGUAUCUGGCCAUUCUCCAGUCUAAACUGCUGACACAUUGCAGUGUAUCUGGCCAUUCUCCAGUCUAAACUGCUGACACAUUGCAGUGUAUCUGGCCAUUCUCCAGUCUAAACUGCUGACACAUUGCAGUGUAUCUGGCCAUUCUCCAGUCUAAACUGGUGACACAUUGCAGUGUAUCUGGCCAUUCUCCAGUCUAAACUGCUGUCACAUUGCAGUGUAUCUGGCCAUUCUCCAGUCUAAACUGCUGACACAUUGCAGUGUAUCUGGCCAUUCUCCAGUCUAAACUGCUGUCACAUUGCAGUGUAUCUGGCCAUUCUCCAGUCUAAACUGCUGUCACAUUGCAGUGUAUCUGGCCAUUCUCCAGUCUAAACCGCUGUCACAUUGCAGUGUAUCUGGCCAUUCUCCAGUCUAAACCGCUGACACAUUGCAGUGUAUCUGGCCAUUCUCCAGUCUAAACUGCUGACACAUUGCAGUGUAUCUGGCCAUUCUCCAGUCUAAACUGCUGACACAUUGCAGUGUAUCUGGCCAUUCUCCAGUCUAAACUGCUGUCACAUUGCAGUGCAUCUGGCCAUUCUCCAGUCUAAACUGCUGUCACAUUGCAGUGUAUCUGGCCAUUCUCCAGUCUAAACUGCUGACACAUUGCAGUGUAUCUGGCCAUUCUCCAGUCUAAACUGCUGACACAUUGCAGUGUAUCUGGCCAUUCUCCAGUCUAAACUGCUGACACAUUGCAGUGCAUCUGGCCAUUCUCCAGUCUAAACUGCUGACACAUUGCAGUGCAUCUGGCCAUUCUCCAGUCUAAACUGCUGACACAUUGCAGUGUAUCUGGCCAUUCUCCAGUCUAAACUGCUGACACAUUGCAGUGUAUCUGGCCAUUCUCCAGUCUAAACUGCUGACACAUUGCAGUGUAUCUGGCCAUUCUCCAGUCUAAACUGCUGACACAUUGCAGUGUAUCUGGCCAUUCUCCAGUCUAAACUGCUGACUGCUGAAUGCACUACGAUGACUGAGACUAUUUUGUGUUUUUAAUUCGUAACACAAUGGAAUAGUAUUGUCCGAAACACUGACUGUACAAAACAUUAGGAACACCGUCCUGACGUCGAGUUGCACAGCCUCAAUUCGUCGGGGCGCGGACCCGUCGAGGUGUCGAAAGUGUUCCACAGGGAUGCUGGUCCAUGUUGACUCCAAUGCUUCCUACGGUUGUGUCAAGUUGGCUGGUAGUGGAUCUCUACUCCGAAUAGCUCGUUCCAUCUCAUCCCCACAGAGGCUCAGUUGGAUUGGGAUCUGGUGACUGGGCAGGCCACUGCAGUAAGCUGAAUUCACUGUCGUGUCCGUGGAACCAUUCCUGGACAAUCCUAGCCUUGUGGCAUGGGGCAUUAUCCCGCUGGAAAAAAAUCUAUUUGCAGAUGGAUACACUGCUGCCAUGAAGGGAUGCAACCUGAUUGGCAAUGAUGUUUAGAUAUCCUGUGGCAUUCAAACGUUGCUCCACUUUUAUCAAGUGGCCCAAUGUGUGCCAUGAAAACACACCCCACACCAUCCCACCACCACCAGCCUGCAAUGUUGACACGCGGCAUGAUGGAUGGAUGUACUCAUGAGGUUUUCUCCGUACCCUAGUCCUCCCAUCAGCGUGAAACAGCAGCAACCAGGAUUCAUCAGACGGGGCAAAGUUAUUCCAAUUCUCCAGUGUUUUAGUUCCUUAGCCCACUGUAACAGCAGUUUCUUGUUUUUUGCUGAAAGAAAUUGAACUCUGUAAGGUGGUCGGCUGCCAUACCCCAUUCGUUUUCAAGGUACAACGAGUUGUGCAUUAGUUUUAUGGGUCUGUCAGUUAACUAACUGUAGCCCGUCUGUUGCUCUGCGCAACUCGUGUCAGCUUCCUUUUGUCCUCUUUUAUCAAUGACCCAUUUUCAACCACUGGGCUGCCGUUGGCUGGAUGUCCUUUGGGUGGUGGACCAUUCUUGAUACACACGGGUAACCGUUGAGCGUGAAAAACCCAGCUGACUCAAACCGGUGCGCCUGGCGCCUACCACCAUACCACGUUCAAAGACACUUAAAUAUUUUGUCUUGCCCGUUCACCCUCUGAAUGACACACACACACACACACACACACACAAUCCAUGUCUCAAGGUUUAAAAAUCCUUCUUUAACCUGUCUCCUCCCCUUCAUCUACACUGAUUGAAGUGGAUUUAACAGGUGACAUCAAUAAGGGAUCAUAGCUUUCACCUGGAUUCACCUGGUCAUUCUACAAUGUUUUGUACUCAGUCUGAUGGAACUUCCUCUCUUCUGUCACCAUGGCUUCCUGUCCUAACAACUCAUAACUCUACCUGUUGUGUGACGCUGACUCAUCUCUCUUCUUCUUCUGCUGUCUUUUCCUCUGCACACUAGGAUUGCUGAUAAGACUUUCUACAAACAGCCCAACUCUGAAGUGAUAAACUUUUUGUAGGUUUUUAGAACUCUUCUGCUUUUGGUGUAGUAUUGUCUUGGCAUUCUACCUCUGUUUGUUUACCUGUAGUUACUUUGUUUGCAUGUCCCAACUGUGAAAUAAACCAGUGAAUAACGCAUAAGUUAGGCUCCAUUUUGGGUCUUGGAGGGACUGUAUUUGUGUAUUUGACUAGGUCCAUAAAUCACAACAACAGUGUUCAUUGUAUUUCAGUUGUGAUCAUUUGCCAGAAAUGCAUGUAGCCUAUUUCCAAUUCUGUGUGUAGGUUUUAGUCAAAUGUACUCUCACUGUGAGUCUGUGUUUUGAAAAGUUAGUGUGUUUAGGCAGUAGGUACUGUUUGCAAAAGCAUGUCAUGUCAGUGGUGCUAAACUCUAUGGGAAGAUUUUCCUGACAUGGAUUAAGUCCUGGAAUAAAAUGAUCUCAAAGGAGAUUCUCCACUGAAUGUCUAUUAGUCCAGGACCAGGCUUAAUCUGUGUCCGGAAAACCAGCCCUUAAACAGCUUGUCCAACACCUCAUCCAUAUUUUCCUUCCCCUCCUCCAGGGCAUCUGAAGAGGCCUUCCUGUCUGAGGCUGACGGUGACAGCCCAGGGACGGAGUGGGAGAGAGUGGCCCAUCUCUGUGACUUCAACCCCAAGACCAACAAGACAGCCAAGGACGUGUCCCGGAUGCGCUCUGUCCUCAUAGCCCUCAAACAGACACCUCUGGUCCGC